CAAAGAGUAUGUACUAUGUAAUCAAGCAAGGGAAGGGAAGAGGUAAAAGAUAAAGAAUUUGGAAAUAAAAUAAAGAUCAACAAAAAUUUAUUCAGAGAGAAAUAAUACAACGACAAGCACUACGUUUAAUUUGUAUUUUGUAUUGAGUGCAAUUGAAUUGAGAGGAAACUAGAAAUGUGGUGAACAGACAACAAAUCGAUUUAUCUAUAAUAGGCUACACAUAACACAAAUAGAAUUAAUAUUCCACAGAGGUUAUUUGGCCUUAAGUUCUAAAAAAUGGAUGAAAACAGGAGUGUUGAGGACACGCCAGCGUCCCAGCGGCUCACAAAUGAAGACUUCAGAAAGCUGUUGAUGACGCCUCGAGCUACCACGGCUGGGGGCGCCCACCCUGCCGGCUCCGUGCGAGAAGCUAUGGCCAACGCUGGUUCUAUGCCCCCACCAACAGAGAAUAAAAGUGAGCUUCGUCGUAAGAAAAAGUCUUAUUACGCUGCAUUAAAGAAACAAGAAGACAACAAACUUGCAGAACUUGCUGAAAAGUAUAGAGAUAGAGCACGAGAGAGGAGAGAUGGGACUAAUGAUAUAACUUCUGCUGAUCCAAUGAGUAACACUAGUAGUGCUUACAGGGCUGUGGCUCCAGAUCUGAAAUCAGGAAUAGAUGCUAAAGAAAGAAGGCGACAAAUGAUUCAGGAAUCCAAAUACCUUGGUGGUGACAUGGAACAUACUCAUUUGGUGAAAGGUCUUGAUUAUGCUUUGUUGCAAAAGGUUCGUUCAGAGAUUCAAACUCGUGAACAAGAGCAAGAGGAGGAAAUGGAGCGACUUGUAUCAGCUCCUGUUGAGGAGCCAGUCAAGGAAAAGAAAGAAGCGCCACCGGUGGAAGAAGAAAUACAGUUUAAAACUCCAAUGGCCAGAAAUAUUCAUAAUUUAAUCACAGAACUAAAAUCCAAAAAAGUGGUGCGGAAUGAACUUUUUGCGCCAGGGCGUAUGGCUUACGUUGUGGAAUUAGACGAAGAGGGCACCAUAGACAGUGACAUUCCGACGACGUUGACGCGGAGUAAGGCGGACGUGCCCGAGGCGGACGAGCGCAGUUCCGCAUCCACAGCUAAUGACGUCGUGCUGGACAAGUUGGCGCAGAUAUUCUCAUACCUGAGGCACGGCAGGCAUCGCAAGCUGAAGAAAGCCAAGGAUAAAGCUGCAGAGAAAGGCCGUAACGACGAUUCCAUAUAUGGUGAAAUCGGGGAUUACGUCGCCGGGGACAAACGGGGAGAGAGGCGCGACGACCGCCCGCGCUCUGGCUACUUCGAUAAACCCCUUGAAACUGAAAAGGAAGAAGGUCCGGGUCCCCUGCCCCGGCGUCAAGGUGCUAACCCGGAGGAGCGCGACAAGAGGUCCGCGGCGCUUCUGUCGCGCCUGGCGGCCGAGCCCGAGGGCUACGCCGAGUGCUACCCCGGCCUGCGCGAGAUGGACGACGCGAUCGACGACUCCGACGACGAAGUCGACUACACCAAGAUGGACGCCGGCAACAAGAAGGGGCCUAUUGGUCGAUGGGACUUCGACACACAGGAAGAGUACUCGGCCUAUAUGAGCAGUAAAGAGGCGCUCCCGAAGGCCGCUUUCCAGUACGGCGUUAAGACGCAGGACGGACGCAAGACAAGGAAGACCAAGGACAAGAGCGAGAAGGCUGAGCUCGACAGAGAAUGGCAACAGAUUCAAAAUAUAAUACAAAAACGUAAAGCCCCGCAGUACCCUGGCGAUGAAAGUAGUUUCAAAACUCCGCGAUAUUAAUCGAGGAUCAAUACAAGUGAAUAAUAACUAUUUACUAUGAAAUUGUAAUUAAACUGAGGCCUUAUAACUUUGCAAAAAAACGUGAGAUAUCAAACGUUUGAUUUAAAUGACGGUAUGUAUGAUGCGCAUACGUACAGUCGACUCAAAAUUAAAUCGUUUAUUAAUUGCUACAAUGAAUUUCAUAACAUAUUCAGCCAAUAAUAAUAAUUGCGAUUGUAAUAAUGAUUAAUGCAGAUUUUCCGGAAUCAACCUGCAGAUUUACCCCAACGCACUUGUCACGUUAGAAAGUUAUGCUAGGGCCCCCUAAUAAGUAUAAUAGGUGCACCUAUGUUAAGAUUUGUAAACAUGUUUAAAAAUGUAUAAUGUUUGUAUAUAAUUUAGUACCAUUGAAAUAAAUAAUUUCUUGUGUA